AUGCUUCGCACUUCCCGUCUGUCGUUAAUAGCUCAAUCUCUGGGCAAAAGAGCAUACUCAGUCGAGGUCAACAAAUCCUGGACUCCUUAUGUAGUCCAGACUUAUUCUCGUCCUGAAGUCUUUUUAAACAAGGGUAAAGGAUCGUUGCUAUGGGACUCGGAGGGAAAAAAGUAUAUUGAUUUCACUGCUGGUAUUGCAGUCACCUCUUUAGGGCAUGCUGACGACGAGAUUGCUGAGAUUUUAAAAGAUCAAGGCUCAUUAUUGCUCCACACUUCGAAUUUGUAUUAUAGUGACUGGAUGGUUAAGGCUGCUCAUGAUAUCAUUGAGACUACCAAGAGAUCAGGUGGUAUGAAAGAUGCUCAUCAAGUAUUUUUUGCUAACAGUGGUACUGAAGCCAACGAAGCUGCCCUCAAGUUUGCCCGUAAAUGGGGAAAUACUCGUUCUCAUCCUCGUAAUGGGGUUGUCUCAUUUGGUGGCUCUUUCCAUGGUCGUACAUUUGGAUCUCUAAGUGCCACUGCCACCCCAAAAUAUCAGGAGCCUUUUGCUCCUAUGGUGCCAGGAUUCAAGCAUGGCACGAUCAAUGAUACUCCCGCCUUGUCGUCUUUGAUCACUGAAGAUACUUGUGGAGUAAUUGUUGAGCCAAUCCAGGGAGAAGGUGGUAUCAACAGCUGCUCAGUUGAAUUCUUGACUGCUCUUCGUCGUCGUUGUGACGAAGUGGAUGCUGUGCUCAUCUACGACGAGAUUCAAUGUGGACUUGGUCGUACCGGUGACUUCUGGGCACACCAAAUCUUACCCCAAGAGGCUCACCCAGACAUCCUCACUACUGCUAAAUCCCUUGGUAAUGGUUUCCCUAUCGGUGCCACUAUCGUAUCUGAGCGUAUUGGUAACGUUCUUGCCAAGGGUGACCACGGAAGUACCUACGGUGGAAACCCAUUGGGUGCUCGCAUUGCUUGCAAUACAGUUGCUCGUCUAUCAGACGCCAAGUUCUUGGAGGGCGUCAAAGAGAGGUCAAAGGUAUUCACCGACCGUUUCAGUCAGCUCCAAACCAAGUACCCUAAGCUUGUCACUGAAACCCGUGGCCGCGGUCUUAUUCUCGGUUUACAACUAACCGUUGAUGUUGCACCAAUUAUCGACCAACUUCGUGAGAAGGGACUUCUUGUGGUGUCUUGUGGAACCAACACUCUUCGUUUCGUACCUGCCCUUAAUAUCCCAACCGAGCUUAUUGAAGAGGGACUCGAUAUUAUCGAUGCAACGCUCUCGAGCCAAUCUCAAUAA